UACACAGUCAAUAUAAACUAUUUGGAUAACUUCUGUUAUUUCCGAUCACCGUGCGUCUACGUCAACUUUGACGUUUGUCGGAUACAAAUUUAGGGAGUUUCUUCGCUAACACUGUGUUUAUGGACGACAAUUGACAUUGAACAUACAACUAUAUCAAAAAAGGUAGAUACAGAAAGGAAGGAAAUUUAGACAGCUUUAGUUUGGUUUUAAAGUGACAGGUCAUUCUGUCACUAUGGCUACAGGAGGGAAUAUGAAAGAUCCGGCAGUUGCUAAGAAACUGUUUGAAAACCUGCAGAGUGAUCUACGCUUACUGUCUACAGAGGGAAAGAGAAAACAUCCCAAUGUUAAAGAGGCUUCAGAACAAGUUCAGCUUAAACUUAGAACAAUAUCAGCAAAAACAGAGGAUGCUCUUUCAGGUCUAGUGUCAGCAAGUGCAGAUAUUUUACAGCCAUUUAUGUUAGGUUGUGAAACAAAGAAUGUGAAGUUGAUUCAGAUAUCUCUUACUGCAGUGCAGAGAUUGAUCUCACAUGAGGCAAUAUCUAUUAAAGCAGCAGACAAUAUUUUGACUUUACUGUGGGGACUGAUGGAGGGUGGACAAGAGGAGCUUAAACUGUUACAGACAGCCAUCUUACUGAUAACUACAAAUUUUGUUGUGCAACAUGAAUCAUUAGCUAAGGCAAUGGUGUUAUGUCUCCGGCUACAUUUUACGAAGGACAGUACGACCAACAAUACAGCGGCAGCAGCCAUCAAACAUCUUGUCAGUAUAGUGUUUGAACGUGUCAUUGCUGAAGAUAAGAUUCAUUCACAAGAAAAGUUGGAGAGUAUGUCAGAGGAAGAGUUGAAGAAAGGGACAAACAAGGCACCACACUCCCUGAGACCAUGUGCUGGCGAUGCUUAUCUUCUUUUCCAGGAUUUAUGUCAGCUAGUGAAUGCUGAUCAGCCAUUCUGGCUUGUUGGUAUGACAGAAAUGACAAGGACUUUUGGACUGGAACUUCUCGAGUCUGUACUGUCUGCCUUCCCAAUGAUUUUCUCAAAGCACAAAGAAUUCAGCUUUUUACUGAAGGAGCGUGUAUGUCCACUAGUGAUUAAAUUGUUUUCUCCAAGCUUGAAGUACAGACAAGGUAUUCCAUCACCACCAUCACCAAUACCUGCAGAGAAACCAUUCUUCCCUAUAGUGAUGCGUCUGCUACGUAUUGUAUCAUCACUUAUACAGUUUUACUAUAACUUACUUACUACAGAAUGCGAGAUUUUCCUGUCAUUGUUGGUGAAAUUUCUAGAACCAGAAAAACCUACCUGGCAAAGAUGUCUUGCCUUGGAAGUUCUGCAUAAACUUUUUGUUCAGGCAGAAUUGGUCAAAUCAUUUUGUUUGAGCUAUGACAUGAAACCACAUUCAACAAAGAUAUUCCGGGAUAUGAUCAAUGGUAUAGGGGCGUUUAUUCAGUCACAGUUCAUGAAUCCACCAGGAGGACCUGCUGCCCAAGCACCAAAACCAGGAGAUAUUCAGGGCAGUCCACCCUCAUUGGUUGCUGGAAUGCCAGUUGGGGGCGGAGUCUCACCACAGCCCGCCUUCAUGUACAGAGGGGUGUGGAUUCCUCUGAUUCUUGUCAUUCCACAGGGGCAGACUAGACCUACAUUUAGUAACCUAGGUGGAGAAGUACCAAAAGACGCCUUUACCUAUGUACUGUCCUACGACAAGUACAUGUUUAGUUUGGAGAUGUUGGACAAAGUUGACCCCCCUACAGUGCCAGAUGGGUAUGGCCUAUCUGUUGGUUUCUACUGUUUGGUUGAGGCAGUUAGGACUAUUCAAUUUUUGGUUGAAGGGGAGUAUGGUAACAAAUUAGAAAAGGCAAAAGAGAAAAAAGUAACUCAAUCAGAAGAACAAGAGGAAAGUGGACAAGCAAAAAGUGAAGAGGAGAAGAAUUUAUACGAAGAGCUAGUGAACUCAUCUUGGUGCGGGAUGCUCGCUGCACUAGCAUUGUUACUGGAUGCCAGCACUGAUGAAAGUGCUACAGCGUCUGUAUUGAAGUGUAUGGAAGCUUAUAUCAGUCUGUGUGGGAAGUUGGAAAUGUCAACACCUAGAGACGCUUUCAUCACUGCCCUUUGUAAAGCCUCCUUACCACCACAUUAUGCCCUGACAGUUCUUAAUACACAUGGAAAUAUGCCACAGAAAGGACACAUAAGAUCUCCCAGUCAGGAUUUACAGUCUACCCAUUUAGAGGCUAAUGAAAGAUCCCAGGUGGUUGCAGUAGGGACACCAUUGCCCACAGCAGCUCUUCCUGUAGGGGCACACCAGGGGCCAGUUAUGUUGACUGCGAAGAACAUUCAGUGUAUGAGGUCAUUACUGGCUGUUGCUCAUUGUCAUGGGGGUGUUCUUGGAACAGCCUGGCAUCUCGUUUUAACCACUCUACAGCAUCUUGUAUGGAUCCUGGGUUUGAAACCAUCCAGUGGUGGCAGUCUGAAGGCCAGUCAGCCGGACUCGACAGGUGCUGUCAUAACAACAGCAGUAAUGGCUGACCUUCCUGUUCUCUCAUCCAUGCUGUCGAGACUGUUCGAGAGUUCACAGUAUUUAGAUGAUGUUGCAUUACAUCACCUUAUUGAUGCCUUGUGUAAGCUGUCAGCAGAAUCUAUGGACCUUGCUUAUUCAAAUAGGGAACCAUCAUUGUUUGCUGUUGCUAAGUUACUGGAGACUGGUUUAGUGAACUUGUCGAGAGUGAAAUUUUAUGGCGACCAGUCACAGCACAUCUAUUAGA